UUAAAGAGUGAUCAUCGCAUGAUCCAGUAAUCUGCAGGUGAGUUCUUUUGCGUGAUUGUGUGUGUUUGAUGGUGAAGUGUUGAAGAAGAGAAACAUGAUAAUUGCCGUUAGGUCUGAAGAGAUGGUUCUCGCGGAUGGUGAUCUCUCUGGAGAUUGCGAGGGAACAUCUUCAGUUGGUUAUUGAACUCGAUCGUGAACAGAUCGAUUGAGAUGUUCCGGGUUAUUGUGAUUGUUGCUUUGGUGGCUGUGGCUGUGGCAUCUCCUCUGGCCAGGGAUGCUGCAGAAUCCUCAACUCCUGCGGAUUCUGGGACAGUUCAGGAGCAGGAGAGUCCGGAGAUGCCUGAGAAGCCAGGACUGGAAGAACCAAAGCCAACGGCGGAGCCAGAGAAACCUGGAGAGGAAGCUCCUGCCCAGGAGCCAAAUCCCGUCGAACUGAAGCCUCCUCCGUACAUGCCAGAACUUCCUCAUAGGCCAACAAUGGAUGGGAAUCGUCGAGUGAUCUUCUACGAUCAGCGUCAAUCCGGGAAGUACAAUAUCCGAGCAGAUCUCGAUAAUUUCAUGAUCCUCGUGAUUCCGACAUCUCCCUCCUCUCCGGCCAUGUCUGGCGCCUCCAUCCUGGACUUCCUGUCGCGCGGAGCCAUGAGGAGGAGCCAGGCUAAGCAUGCGCCGAAGCGGAAGAAGGGAACAAAGAUCCACAAAGUCAGUGUAGUGAAAAAUGAUCCCAUUGAGGAUCACGCUAUUGAGAUUCCCAAGGAUUCCCCCAUCCACACAAUCCCACCCCAAUCCACAGCAGUGGAUCACUUUAUUGAGGGCAGGACACCAUACAAAGUAGACAUCUCCAGUACGGCACGGACAGACCCUGAAGCCAGGAUUGACUUGAUGCCAGCCGCCAAGACGCCAGUUCUGAGGAUUAUCCGGCCCGAGGAGGCAAGAACAGGUAAUUUGUAUAGAUCGUGGUCAUUUCCUGGACCCACAUCGUCCACCAUCACCUUCCGCAACGCCAAAUCCCUGCCCACAUCCGCCUCAGGUCAACUGGACAUUGCCACAAAUUCCGUUGCCACCAGUCUCUUCCCCUCAUUCGAUUCUUCCCCCCAACCCGAUUCCCAGGAUGAGGAUCUGCCCGAUGACACGAGAUCUUCCUUUGACAGCCUGAACGUGGGCAAUGUGGACGCCUUUGGGGUGCCGGACAAGCAGUACAAUGAGGAUUGGGAGUGGAAGUUGCUGGGGGCGCAGGAGCAAUGUGGACCGGACAGGAAGAGGGACAGCUAUGGCAUUUGCCAAUUUGUUCCCACAUAGAAACCCUAUUGAGGAUCUUUUCUUUUAGUUCUUUGCUGCUAUUUUCUGUAAUCGAUAAGACUUGAAUAAAAUUAAUUUCCUAACUUUC